AUGGCGUUUAGUCGUUCUUUGAUAAGUGAACUAUUAAUGACAGAUAUGGAUGAAGAUACCGUAGUUUAUAAAGAUUCUAAUUCUAACAAAAGACAAAAACUAUUAGAUUCAGCUAAAUUUAUUCAACAAGAUCAAAUUAAAUUAAGAACUUUAUUUAAUAUUGUAAAAAAUUUGGAUUUUUAA